AUGGCGGUGCACAUGCGGUACCAUCAGGGAUUCCUUCUGCUGCAGGAGAUGAUGGACAGCGCCAUCCUCAGACUGCAGUACUGGACCAACAAUCCUCAAGACGCAGAGUCGGUACCAAGGGCGAAGAGGCAGGCGACAGCGACGAGUGUGAGCGACGAGGAGAGGGACAUGUUGCUUAACCUUCCUGUGUACACCAAGCAACAGCCGUACCCUUGCUACGAAAAGGAUGAUACUCUUGUUUCUAAGCAAACCUUGACUUUCGUUCAGGUAGUCCUCAUGAAAAUGCUGAAAGUUCCUCGUGAUGAUGAACGAAUCACCUGUGAUGAGUCUGGUCUUUUCCUUCGUGGUCUUUACCGUCUACGUCGUGUUCCUGAUUCGACACCUCAUCCAGGAACGGCAGUCCAGGAACAAACAGGUGCAGGAGGUGAUGGGGCUGCGCGCGUGGGUGGACCUGCUCGCCUGGCUGUUCUUCUCGCUGCUCCUGCUGGUGGCGCUCCUGCUGGUCCUGGCGCUGCUGAUCAAGUUCGGAAAACUGCAGCCCAAAGCAGAGUUCGGCGUCCUGCUGGCCUUCCUGCUGAGCUACGGCAUCAGCAUCGUGUCCUUCUGUUACCUGGUGUCCUGCGUCGUCCCCGGAGCCAUCCUGGGCGUGUUCGUGGGCGUGAUGGCUCUCCUGGUGUUCAACGUGCCCUUCAUCAGCAUCUCCGUCGUGCAGGCCCACACGCCCUUGUACACUAUGCUCAUUUCGUGUUUGUUACCCCCCUCGGCCUUUGGCUUCGGCUUCCGCGUCAUCUGCCAGUACGAAUUGCUUCAAACCGGAGCGACAUUUGGCAACCUGUGGACGCCGCCACUCAGAGACACAGAUAUGACUCUGGGACUGGCCAUUGUGAUGCUGCUGGCGGACACUCUCAUCUUCUUCGUUCUGGCUGCCAUUAUCUCCCUCCUGAAGAACGCUUCCUGCUGCAACUGCUCGCAAACCAAGGUCGCACCGGCUGAUACAGAACCGGUCUUUAAGAAAAAGGACACAGUCCACCCCUUGGACGUCGACCCCGGCCUCAAGCAGAGCUUCAAGAAGGGCCUCAGCAUCG